AUGGAGGACUCUGUGUCUCUUGACCAGCAGAAUGAUGCUGAAAUGGCUGGAAGCGAUCAAGUUGACAAGUCGGCGUUGAGUUCACCAGAGACCGACAACGAUGGUUUUGACGCAGAUAUGUUCGCUGUCAUGAUGCAGGAGGAGCUCAUCUCGUAUAGCCUUUCGUGGGAGCCUCUACUGAAAAUUUUGAAAGCGCUAGGCGCAUCGAUGGCGAAGCAGCAAAAACUGCAAGAAAAGGCUCAACAGGGUAGUGAUGCUGCGAUGAAGAAGAUGGAAGACCAAGUUGCUCUACACGAGCAACAGCUUGCUGCUCUUCGAGAUAGCUGGGAACGUGCUGAAGGUGAAAAGAAGGAGGCUGCUGCUGCAAUGGAGGCGAUGCAGCAUCAAGUGGGUGAAAUGCAGAACCAGCUAGAAGGAGUUCAACGUCCAGCUCCACUAGAUGGCCAAGAAAUGCAACAGCAAGACGGUACUGGUGAUCAGAAUAAAACGUCAGUGGCAGAUGCGAAUGGAGAGGACGCUACGUCUUCAGCCUUGAAGAAUUCGCCACGGUCUCCACGUAUCAGUAGUGUUGAUACAUUGUCAUUCGUGACCGCAAAAGAUCUGGAUGAAGCCAAGAAGGAGUUAAGAGAAGAGCUGGAAAAAGUAUUAGCGCGAACUUUUGUCCCCAAUGCCAACGAUAAGGCUGAUGCAAAUGAAGAAAAAGAUAGUAGUGUCUUAGAUACCGGCGCUGGAAGCGGUGGUGAUCACAGCGUCACUAGAACACCAAGAAGUUCUCGAUCAAAUGAAGGCCAGCCAGGAUCUCCAUCCACAUCAAAGUUGCAGCAGGAAUUGGGAAAACUUCAAGUACUUCAAGAUGCUCUGGCCGCUAGAGUGUCUGAACAUGACCAGAUUCUGGACAUGCUAAAUGGCCGCAUGGGAACACUAGAUGAGCUCUCCUCUCAAAUGUCCGAUUUGUUGGCUAACCCGCAGUCUUCCGAUGGAUCUAAUGGCAAGGAUGGCAAUAGUGGCGAAUCCUCGUCGCGUGAUGGAAAGAGCGAUAAAUACGACGAGGUUGUAUUGAUCACCAACGACAUUAUGAACGAAUUGAAGGAACUCAAAGCUGUACAGGACGAUCAUGACAAGAAACUUCGGGAACACGACGACGCAGUGGAAAAGCAUACUGCAGAUAUUAAGGCAUUGACUGAUAGUCUUGAUGAUCUCAGUGUGCAACAGCAGACGAUGGCUUCAAUGUACUCGAGUAACACGUCGAGUGGAGGAUUGGACAAUGGGAGUGCAGGAGUAUCGACCGAUGACUCUGGGAAAUCUGGCAAGACUGAGAAACAGGCUGGUACAGCAACUGAAGCCACGUCACAACCGCAACUCGAUCUGUCGCUAAUAUUCACGAAGCUUGCCGAUUUGCGCCGCUCGACGGAUGCCUCAUUGCAGAAUCUACAACAAACUAUUAAGGGUGUUUCAGGGACUACACAAUCUCAGCAAGAACAACUGGAUGCUCUACGAAACAACGCGGUGUUUAACGAGCAUCUGCAAGCUCACUUGGUGGAAGCUCGCUUGGCGAUGCAGAAGGAGCUUCUCGCUCGCAAUCAGGCAUUCCAGGACCAUACAAAGCCUCAGUUGGUUGAGUGGCGUAAGGCACUCGAACUGACGGAGGAUAAACUCUUACAAGGAAACAGUGACGACGAAACUCUUCACGCUUUGCAACAAAUGCAGCGCUGUUACCACCGGACAUUGUUAUCGAUAGCUCCGUUAGUGAAUUCGCCGCUCAGCAUUUCAGAGACAUUGCAGACACUUUCAGACGAAGUGAAGCAGCUUCAAAAUGCUGUUCGUUUAGGAGUAGCGCCGUUACGAAUUACAGACAACAAUUCAGGGGAAGGUGAUCAAAAUAAAGGUGACCGUGAAGAGGAGUACACUCGCAAAUUGCGGUAUUUAGACGAAGAAAUCGACGCAACUCUCCAAGUGAACGUCACAACUGAGAAGAAGAAUGAUCCAUUGAUCAAGGGACUGGAUGCCAUGCGCGAAAAGCUUGAAUUGCUGUGGUCAUUGUGGCAUCGAAACUACAAUGUUAACAGCGCUCAGCCAAGUGGUGCAGGGGUUUCCCAUGGAAGUACACAUUCUAACGCUGCCGGUGACGGUGAAAACCGCGCUGGACAGGAAGAGCGUCGGCAGAGUCUCCAGCAACGUAACCCUGACGGUCUGCGAGAGAUGGAGUUGCGCUUAAGUGGUGCCGUACGCCGACUUGCUAUGGUUGAGGAAGACAUUGAGCGAUUGAACGCUUUAACAGCAGAACUCAGCGCAUCCGACAGACAUAGGACGCAUGGAAAUGUAGGGUCCGACAAUUCCACUGGUAAUCGGCGCGCAUCCUCGAAUAACAACUUACGGACAGAACUCGUCAUGGAUGAAAUGGAGAAAUUGCGCAAGGAGAUGUACGCUGAAAUCGCCAAGAUUUCCGAGCAGCAAGCAGAAAACAACGCCAACAGAGGUGGUAACAAUAAUAACUCGACUUCUAUAGUUGCGAUGGACCGUCAAAGUAUGGUGGAGGCAGCAGCUAGACAAGGUGACGUGCUGACCGACCUCUUCUCCCAAAUGACGGGUCGGGAGCUCGAUACCAGACUUUACAACUCACCCGAAGGUCAGAAGCAGUUUUACGACAACUUUAUCAAAGAAGUCACCAAGAAGGUUUCCAGCGCUAUCAACUCUGACAAGGGCGCUCAACGUGGUUCUGGUAUCGGUGGGGCAGCCAAUGCCAAUGUCAACUAUCGGUUGUUGCUAGAUAAUUUCGCCCAGAAGGUGGAUGACCGUCUUGAAGAUGCUCGCGAAUUUACAACAGAAGAGUUGGCAAGACUUCGAAGAGAGCUGAUGGAGCAGCUAAAGGUUCGCUUCGAAGUCGCAUUACGAGAUAUUCGUGGCGAGUUGAUGCUUUUACAGCCAACGGAUGGAGACUCGACAGCCAUGGGAACGAAACCUGUCAUGUGUGUGGCCUGUAGCCGUCCAGUGCCCGUUUCCUCUGUCAUUCGUGAAGCUGGAUCCCUUCCAGCUGAUGCGGCAAACGCCGAACCAAGUAAUCCAUCGUUUGCAGCAGACUUUGACUAUGAUCGUCCUGACGACGAUUUUGUGUUCCGCGCUGGGUUCAAAAUGCCAGCAAACGACAGGAAAAUCUUGACUUUACCAUUCCUGACGACUGCCAUGCGCAACAAAAUGAUGCUCAACAAACCUGAGGGGAAGAGGAAGCGUCCACCACGUCAAAGUCACCUGAAUCGUGUCGACAACGUUGUCCGAGAGGCCAUGGAACUUGAUCGUGCUUCUCGAAGUCGCACCUUUGACGCUCAGUAG